GGACCCAAAUAAAGACACAGAGUGGAAUGACAUCCUGCGCAAGAAAGGUAUCCUUCCUCCAAAGGAAAACUUGGAGGAACAGGAGCGUGCAAAGGAGGAGGAGCAGCUUGCCAUCCUUCAGAAGUCUCUUGUGAAAACUUACGAGGACAUGACUCUGGAAGAGCUAGAAGAGAAUGAAGAUGAAUUUAAUGAGGAAGAUGAGAAAGCUAUUGAAAUGUACAGGCAGCAAAGGUUAGCAGAAAUGAAAGCAGCUCAAAUGAAGAAUAAAUUUGGAGAAGUUUUGGAGAUUUCAGGGAAAGAUUACAUUCAAGAGGUAACGAAAGCUGGAAAAGGAAUAUGGGUAGUUCUGCACCUCUACAGACAAGGAAUUCCACUCUGUGCCUUAAUAAAUCAACAUAUGAGCGGGCUUGCAAAAAAGUUCAGAGAUGUGAAAUUCAUCAAAGCCAUCUCUACGACCUGCAUUCCCAACUACCCUGAUAAGAACCUGCCUACAAUAUUUGUUUACCUGGAGGGAGACAUCAAAGCUCAGUUCAUUGGGCCUUUGGUGUUCGGUGGUAUGAACCUGACAAGGGAUGAACUGGAGUGGAAGAUUUCAGAGUCUGGUGCCAUCAAGACAGACCUUGAGGAGAACCCCAGGAAGCAGAUCCAGGACCAGCUCAUGUCCUCAGUCAGGGCAUGUGUCCCAGCCAGGGGGGAGAGUGACUCAGAGGAUGACUAACUCCUGUGACUGCAUCAAGAUUGAUAUAGUACACUUGCAGCCAGUGUUCCCAUCUAGAGCACUGAAGAUGCUCGUCAAGAUCUUGCUGAGCCACAGAAGUAUAGUAUUUCAAGACAUCCAUUUAUCUAGAAACUAAAAAAGUUUCUUUUUAAAAAAAAACUUAUUGCAGCUUCACUUAAGAUCCUGAAAGACAUUUUAUGUUAUGAAGCCUGAGUAAAUAUUACUCAAAGUUUUAAAAUAUAGACAUCAGUAGAAACAGAGGUCUCUUGUUAUUAUUUUCUUAGUAAAUUGCUGACUUCUUUAAAAAAAUCUAAAAUAUGAAGUGGCCUUAAGUGCACUCUCUUUGACAAGCCUAACUUAUGUAAAUCAAAUCUAAAUAGCUGGUCUUAAACAGUUGGUUAUAGCAUUGGGCCUUUUCUUAGCCCAUAGAGCAUAGAUAUCUGUCAGUCUGGACUGUGUGGAAAGACCAUGAUGUGGGUGGCAUGUGGUCCUUUGUAGAGGCAUGUUGGCAUGGGGAGCCAGCAUGAGGCUGUGAACAGGGAUUCCAGACAUCUUGAGAGAGGCCUUGGUGACAGCCAGCAUCUCCUGGGAUCUGCUGAGUCUGGAACUCCCUUUCAUUUAGCAACAGUAUUUUGUCUUUCGCAGGGGCUGAGCUUCCUGCACCAUCUUUUCUGCUAAUUGGGAAAGAAAAUUCAAGAUGGUGGUGCUCAACUGUGAAACUGCUGAUUUCUUCCACAAAAUCACAAGUCUGAUGUGUUACUACAGUAGUGCUAUUGCCAAAUGGAAGGGAAAAUAAUGUCUAAAGAUCUGUUGUCUUUGUAUAUUAAAGCCUUCUAUCUUCUAGGUGCAGUAAUAAUAAUUGAGGCCUUAAGAGAGAAUGAAUGAAAAUAUCACCAUAAUUAUAGAUCUGCUGACACUUGGAGCUGCUUGCUUAUUUUUGGGUUGAAUUUAAUGUCCACCUACACUUUCAAUUUGUCUACACUUGGGCUAACAAGCUCCAAGAGCUUUUGCUAACAAGGCUGCCCCAAGGACAUUUUGUUAUAUUAUUGAUGGGUUCUGUGGGUGGAUGGUGCAGAAUGCAACACUCAAUAAGCAGCACUUUUUUUUUAGUUUUGUGUUAGUUCAUAGCAACUUUUAAGCCUGUUUCCUGCACUGUCUCCUCAGUCAAAUCAGUGUGUAGUUCAAACAAGUAACUGUUCCUUAAACUUAGGGUGAAGUUGUAAGAUCCUGAUGGAGACCUUCCUCUUUGAGAUCUGAAUGGUGAUUUUAGUGUCACUUAAGUCUCCUUUCUUUUUUCUUUUGUGUUUUUUUGCAAAAUAGCUAAAGCACUACCAUUGUGUAAGUGAGCCAAAUGCAGCCGAAUACAAGCUGAUAAAUCCUGAAUAUUAUUACUGGACAUAGCACCACACCUCUCUUGACACUGGGUUAUUCAAAAUGCUGUCAUCCCUUAUGCAUUUCUGUAUAUGCCUCCAACUUACAAUCUAGGAAGGGGACAACUUUUUCUUCCCACAGAAGCCUGCACUGCUUAUUUUGCUCAUCUCUUGCUUGUCCUCAUUUAACUGUGCUUUGGAUGACCCUGAGCACAUGGACUGGGUUCCUUUUGGAGGAAACUAGAGGAGCAGUCUCCGAAGGGAAAGUCAGUCCAAAGAGCUAGGCUAAAGCUAACCUGAAAUAAGGCCCUCUGAAAUGUGUGUAGAGUGGAUGUCGCAUCUUCAGCCUCUCCCUCCCAGAUCUGCUGUGGUUAACCUGUCUUGAUUGCUGAUGCAGACACAGCUGCCAUACUCUUCUCAACUUGUUUAUAAAGUUUAUGAAAAUUCUAGGAAUGGAAGGUGGAACCUGCAAUCCAUCUUGUAUCGUUGCUGUGACAACUUCAAUUUGAAAUCUAAUUUAAAAAGUAGGUAAUGUUUUGGAUACUUUUUAAACUUUUAUUAUUCCCUCUUUUAUUGUCUCCCACUUCAUUGCCUCUAUGGAGGCAGAGAAGCAAUAAUGUUGCAGCUGCUCUUUCACUGUCUUCUAGACCAUUGGUGAUUCAUGGACCACAGCAGGAGAGAAGCUCAUAGUGGGAUCACCACUGCAUUUGGAUGGAAUUGCUGAGGGCUCUGUCCUGAAGGAUCUUGAAAACAUCUAGGGAUGAAGACUUCUCAGAUUGGAGCUUGACUAGCUCCAGGGCAGCCCUCUGUUCUUUGCAUCUGGCACAGGGCAGCACAGGCAGCAAGACUCAGCCAGAAUAACUACAGGCAGAGUUUGAUCCAAAGCUUGUUGUUCAGUUGGGAGAACUGGUGUCUCAAAGACAGACAGACACCCUUAAGAUACUAACUGUAGACCUGCUAGAGUGAAUCAACAGAAAGCUGAAGGACAGAGUGCAUCUUUUGACCAGGCCAUACCAGCUUGCAAGGAUCUUGGCUUCCAGUUUAGAAUGUGUGACUUGGAACAUCCCCCUUCUGGAAUGAGCCCUCUAUUCCAGCAACUCUACAAGUCUUCCUCAAAAGCUUCAUGCUUGCUCCUAUCCACACUGGCAUAGUGAUUCUUGUUCCCUAUUCUGCAAAGUAAGCCAUUUUAGAUGGGAUGGUGUCCCCUCACCAGGAGGGCUCGUGUCUGAUGAAUGAGGCACUGCCUUGGUGCAGGUUUGAGCCCCUCAGGCAGAAGUGAGAAUUGAACUGAAUUGCUUAUGCCCUUGGCAUGUGAUGUGAUAAACCCUUGGAUAAAUAAAAGGGAGAGGUUGGACUUCGGGCUGUUUCCAUCACACUCUUCCAGCAGGGUCUUAAAAGAAAACCACAGCUGCCUUCCCCUUUUGUAUGGAGUCUAAUGGGUUUUCUGGGCUCUGGGACCACCAAGAGGACUGAGCUCUCAAACAGGACUAGGGCUGUGCAUGGGCAGCUGGUUGCCCCAAGCUGCUCAGCUUCGGUGAGUCAGAUACCUAGUGCCUGUGAAUGACACUUGCAGCACCUCCAGGCAGUAGUUAUGUCUUUUCUCUACAAAAAGUGAACCAGACAUGCCUGGGACAUUUACCCAGGAGACUAGAUGGGGGAGGGUGAGGUUGCCUAUUCUAGCCUGCUCCCUGCUGUCAGGAUUACAGCAGGGCAUGCCUUGCCAUUUAAUAGACAGCACUGAGCAACAUAUAACAACUCAAGAGAAAUGGAGACGGUUUGAGUUGUACUAUCUCAUGUACAAUGUACACUUAAUGUAUUGACAUGUUUGGGGAAGCCAUUUAAGGAUGCCAUGCUGAACGGGGCAGAUGUGAGAAUAAUCACACACCAGAAGAGACUGAAUGUUCUGCCCAGCUGCUGAGACCCAUGCAGAGCAUCAUUUCAGCUGGUCUCUGUGCUUCUUGGUAUUUGGCUAAGUCUGAAAACAACUUCUUGUAAUCUUAUUCUCUCUCUUGCCAAUCAUAUUGCCCUGCUCAAGGCCUUUUGUAGAAAUUAGGUCUCUGCAGGAAAUGGAUAAUGAGGUCUGUUUAACCUUUCGGCAGAGCAGAAGCUAUGGAAGCAUACAGUUAAGGUGAAUGAGCCUUAGCUUAAAAGGAAGCUGGUUGCAAAAUAGUAAACUAAAACAGGCAAUUAAUACACAUAGCAGAAUGAGGCAAUAUAAUGGGAGAAAAUAAUUGGAGACUGUGAACUCUCCUUUGCCAAGAUUUGGGGCACUGCUGCUAAAUGCACUGUCGGUAUUUUUGCAUCCUGUCAACAGUUAGUGUCAGAUCAAUGGUCGUUUCUCACCUGUGUGAGAACGGUCUUUCUGUCAGCUAUCAUGGGAGUAGUCAGAAGCAGCUAACCUGUAAACAUUGCAGAGGCUUUUAUGAGUUACUGUCCUGUGUACUGCUGUGAAAGCAUCCCUGACUCAUGCCAUGCUGCAGUGGUGCCAGCAGGUGGGGUUGUAAAAAAAGUAACAACUGUGCCAUAGACAGGGGCAGAUAAUUUGCCAUUAGUGGACAGUCACUCUGGAAUUUUUUGUGUGAACCGCUACUAAUAAAAAGCAUUUUCUC